CUAGUGUAUAAAGUAAAUAAAUUAGUUUAUAAUAUAAUCAUCAACUUCUAUGUACCAGACGUUUCCAUUGUCUGAUGGUAUUUAUAGAAACUUACGAUAGUAAAACAGUCUCAACAGAGUAAAUCCUAUAAAGCAGCGUGUUUACGUUACAGAAAAGUAGUUCUUUAUAAUUUAUAACAAAAUGCACUUCCAACUCGUAGUUGUUUUAAUGACUUUGCUGAGUCAGGCCAAAUGCACUUCCUUGGAAUCGAACACGGAAACGCUCUGCAAUUUCUUCAAAAACCUAAGCAGAUUACCAGAUAACGAAGAGGUUUGGUGGGAAACCAAUCGAAAUAUAGCAAAAUCAAUUUUGGAGACAAAAAUCGAUUAUUCUGAAAAUUAUCCUUCCUGUAAGCAGUAUGUGGAUUCUCUCCGAGACUUACAAGACCGCGGAAAUGCCUUAAAUGCAGCAAGUCCUUGGGAACUAAAAAUGCAGUUUCUUAAUGCAUCUUCGGAGGAAUAUUCCAGCGGACCUUGCGUUAAAACUGAGGGAACACACAUUUUUGUGUAUUCAAGUAGCAUAACUAAGAUGAGAAAAGAUGCACGCGAAUUGAGGCAAAGCGUUAGCGAUCAAAACGAAUUUCACUCUUUGGUGACACAAAAUCAUACACAUGAGACUGCACUUCUAAAUAUUUUAUCUGGGUUUUCAAAUUCCAUGCUGCGAUACUUAACACGCUUUCAGCCUUAUAUAAAAUGAGUUGUACAAGUUUGAUUACCUGUUUAAAUCCUCAUGUUCAUGUUAAUAAAUACGUUUUAAAGAAAAGUGUAAAAUAUAACCUUUUACAU